AUGAUACCCUCUCCUAGUGCAGUGAAGGCAGCUAUUGUGGUUGAUCAUGUCAUGAUAUCUACCAGUAGAGAUGUACUUGCUGGUCCUGUUCUUGUUGGAUUUCGGGAGGAGCUGCUUCCCAUGGCUGACAUUGUAACCCCAAAUAUAAAAGAGGCAUCGCUUUUACUUGGUAACAUGCCACUAAAAUCUAUUUCUGAUAUGAGCACUGCUGCAAAAUUGAUACAUUAUUUGGGUCCUAGGAAUGUACUUGUCAAAGGUGGUGACCUCCCUAAUUCAUCAGAUGCUAUUGAUGUAUUCUUUGAUGGUAUUGGAGAAUCUUGUCCACAACUCGUAAGUGUUUCUCCCUUGGAUCAUGCAUGA